ACUUUUAUAUGCUCUUAAUUUUUUCCCGUUAUGCGCAAGUAUCGUCGAUUAGAUAAUUUCCAUAAUAGGCAGUUUCUCGUACAAUGAUAGUGCCAUAAACGGUCUUGUUUUUAAUUUUUUUCCCAAAUUUCGGAUUUUUUCGUUUUUAAGCCACUCUGCCGUAGGAUGUCGAAGUUCAACUCCCCAUUCCGAAGGCCGUGGAUGGCGGAGCAGGGGGCGGCGGCUGCCCCCGCCGGUAACACAGGAGUGAAGGGGAUCAUCGCCGGCGGCAUCACGGGCGGCAUCGAGAUAUGCAUAACGUUCCCGACCGAGUACGUCAAGACCCAGCUGCAGCUCGACGAGAAGGGCGGCCAGAAGCAGUACGCCGGCAUAUGGGACUGCUGCAAGAAAACGGUGAAGGGUCACGGAUUUUUCGGGCUCUAUCGCGGACUGAGCGUCCUGCUGUACGGAUCGAUUCCGAAGAGCGCGGUGAGGUUUGGGGCCUUCGAGGCGUUUAAGAACCGCAUGAAGGACGACAAGGGAAAUCUGUCGCCGGUCGGGCGGCUGCUGUGCGGUCUCGGGGCCGGUGUAGCCGAAGCAAUAUUCGCCGUAACUCCCAUGGAGACGGUCAAAGUGAAGUUCAUCAACGACCAGCGGAGCGCACAGCCCCGAUUCAAGGGCUUCUUUCACGGGGUGGGGAUGAUAGUUAAAGAGCAGGGGAUCGGAGGCGUCUACAAAGGUCUCACUGCCACGAUCAUCAAGCAGGGCUCGAAUCAGGCCAUUCGUUUCUUCGUCAUGGAAACUCUCAAGGACAAAUACCGAGGGGGGGACCCUAAGAAGACGGUCCCUAAACUCGUGGUGGGCGCUUUCGGUGCCGUUGCAGGUGCCGCGUCAGUUUUCGGUAACACCCCUGUGGACGUGGUAAAAACACGCAUGCAGGGGCUGGAGGCCCACAAGUACAAGAAUACUCUCGACUGUGCCAUGCAAAUCUGGAAAAACGAGGGGCCCGCCGCAUUUUACAAGGGAACAGUACCGCGGUUGAGCCGGGUCUGUCUAGAUGUCGCUAUCACUUUCAUGAUAUACGACAGUUUCAUGGAGGUUUUUAAUAAAGUAUGGCCUUAGGUUUUUAGAUAUAAUCGGUGACUGAUAUAGCUAUAAGUAAUUGAAGUAAAUGUGAAAUGUUUAUUGUUAAAGAUGUUGUAGCAUUUUUUAUUUUUGUUAAAACGAAAAUCCUUUAUGCUU